CAGGCUGCCUCUACGGGGUUGCUGCGCGGAGUCGGGACGCAAUCGCGACAACUGCCGGCAGCCUCUUCCAAGUGCUAUGUAGACCGUGCUGCGAAUGUUGCUCCGCCUUCGACUCUUUCGCGACAAGUGUAGAGCGUAGCCAAGCAGUACCGCCAGAGGUUCGAGGCAAUCCAACAUCGCCAGUGCCAUGCCGAUGGACUCGCUCAACUUUGAUGUCGUCGAGACGAUCCUGUCAUACGUCGAAUCCCAAGACGCGCUGAAAUUGGCGACCACCUGUCGUACGCUACACGCGCUCGCAGUACAGCGCCUGCUGUCUCACAUUAGCAUCGACUACAACUGGAGCAUCGACCGGAUUCUACAGUAUUGCACUUACAUGCUCGCUGACGCCAAGGGCCGUCCGCGCUGCCUCAGGUCAUUCUCCAUAAUAAGUAUCCCAAGAGGCGACCUAUCCGUGUUCGAUACUCUCGCAGAGGUCCUCGGUCACGCGCCCGCCCUGCGGCGGGUCUCGCUUUCGUGGGAGGCAGGUUAUGCCUUGGACGACUCCCCCGCGUUCGCGGAUGCCUUGGCUUCUCUCGACUCGCUUGACCUGCUCGACGUAUGCGGUGUACACCUCGGUCUCAUGCGUUUGCUCCCGCGCAUGAAAUGCCGCCCGCGGACUGUACACUGCGAUCUCUUCCCCGUCAGUGAUUCUGACUAUCUGGAGAUGUCUGGGCUGUGCAAGGCGGAGCAGUCAAGCCCCCUCUGCAACUUCGCGAACUGCGUCACCUCGUUGAAACUCGGCCAUGCUGCCAUGCUCAUCGAGGAGCUUGUGCAUACCGUGUGGCCCUGUGUUCGCGAACUCUCAGUGUCGUCUAGCACCAUCAAGAACAUCCAGUCCAUAUCACAUGCAUUUCCCAACCUUCGCACUUUACGCUGCUGGAACGUGCGAUUGAAGGAUCCGGUCAUCCCUGCUGAAUGGCGCCAGCUGCAAUUCGUCUCGAUCACGGAUCCUAUCCCUCUCCAGUGCCAUGUACAUCACGUGCAACUCAACGUCGACUGCGAAAGAGCCUCUAUGUCCUACAUCCACCAGUCGUUCGAAAUGCUGCGCUGCGCAUCGCCUGUCACGUUGGGCUGUUACGCAAGUGUUGGCCUUUUCCGACAUGUCGCAGAGCACCUGCGCUCUCUUAGGAUCCUGCACUUUGACGCAAGCAACGUCCCGUUGGACAUACCAAUGCACCCUACAAUUGUAGGUCGCACCGUCUCUUGUACACAAGAACGUUACUUUCCAAGCUGACGUCGCUGCAGAUCUCACUGGCGACGGCUCUCAAAGCCGUACCGCUCGUCGCGCUCACGGUGGACAUCCCAAUAGGGCGAACCUCCGUCCACGACGCGUCAUAUGCUGAGGUUCUUGCAGCGACCAUCCCCUCCCUCGAGCUCGUCGGCGUCGACCACUACGAUCCCACGGAGAACCCGCACUGGGCUGUCGCGGACGUUGCGGACGGGG